AUGUCACAAUCAUGUGCUAUUAAAACAUGCAAACGUGCCUCUCGCACUUUAUGUCAUUGUUGUAAUGAAAAUCUUUGUCGAGACCAUUUUAAUGAACAUGAUGAUUUACUUAAUUCUCAAUUGAACCCUCUAUCUGAUAAAGUCAAUGCAUUAAGUGAUCGACUAACAGCAAUAAAUAUCGACAAGAUAAACAAUGAACAUCGUCAACAAGUUAAUCAAUGGCGCAUUGAUUGUCAUGAAGCAAUCGAUCUUUUUUACGAACAAAAGUGUCAAGAACUUGAUCAAUAUGUUACCAAAAAAUUAGACGAACAGCGACGAGAAAUUGCUGACCUCCGUUUAACAAUGACCGAACUGAUCGAUAGACAGGAAACGACAAAAAACGAUAUCAACUCACUUACGUUGGCUAUUCAUACUUUAGAACAAAAAAUGAAUGAGAUUGAACAGAUUCAUAUUCAAAUUGAUCUGCAUUCGUUAGAGAUAGAUAAUAAUUUGAUUCAAAUUAAAAAACCAAAACUAAAUCACUUUGAUUUGUUAAAUCUCCCUCCAGUAUAUGGAACAAUUAAUCGCACACGUACGAGUUAUAAUUCACUAGUUGGCAAUGAUCGAUUUCUAUUGACAUGUAUUGAUUCCAAUUUAUGUUUGAUCGAUAAAAAUUUGUCAGUAGUGAAACAGAAAAAAUGGAAUUACGGUGAUAUCGAGGACAUGUGUUGGUCAGAAGUAUUAGAACGUUUCUUCGUGAUACUUAAACAAAAUAUAAUGUUGCUUGAUGAAAAUACAAUGUCAAUUAAACAAGUGCAACAGCUCACAGAUGCUAACUGGAACUCUUGUGAAUGUUCCGAUGAAUCUUUAUAUUUAUCACGAUGCAAUUGGGAUUCAUCCGUGCUCGAGUUCAGCCUAUUGCCAUCAAUUCAAUUUGUGAAACUUUGGAAAACUACAGAUAAAUUAGAACAAAAGCAACGAAUAGAUGCUAUUGUAUACAAUCGCGGAACACUUGCUCUAGCAAUCAAUGAUCAAUCCAAUGAGGCAAAACUUAUUGAAUUAAGAUCAUCGAAGACUUUCAAUAUAUUCUGGGCAAUUCAGCUUGAUGUUAGUUACAAUACCGGAGUAGUUCGUUGUUGUCGACUAAGUCAUGACGAUUGGCUUCUAGUUGAUUGGCCAGCGUCACAUCUUUUUCAUAUCACUAAUGGUGGAGAACUCAAAGGAACAAAUGAAUACAAACCGAUGCCUUUUAAUAUGAACGUGUUUGGUUCAAACAUUCUAGCCAUAUUAACUGAUACUACUAUUAACUUUCACAAACUAUAG